GAAAUUUUGGGUUGGCGCCAAACUUCUUCCCCGUAAUCGUCCUCAGCGACUGCGCGCGAAAACCCUGAAAAUGUUUUCCUCCUCCCGCCAUUUGCCCUUCAUUUAUCUUCAACCUUCUUCCUCAUUUCCACUCCAUCCCAUUCCUACGCCCCGAAGAAUCCCUUUCCUCCUUUUCUUCAAUUUCCCCCCACAUGGAUCUCCAGAACAUUGCCAGGAAGCUCGAUCUUGUCGAUUCUGAAACCCUCAUCCGAAAAGCCGGGGAGUUUCGUCGCCUCUCCGAUCUCCAUUUCAAUUCUUCCGUUAUUGGCGUUGGUGAGGUUUGCAAGGCCAUAAUCUGUUUGGAAAUCGCCGCUACAAGAUUAGGGAUUUUAUUUGAUAGAUCCAGUGCAAUCAAGUUAACUGGGAUGUCGGAAAAAGCGUACACCAGAUCUUUCAAUUUGUUGCAGAAUGGUCUUGGUUUCAAAAGUAGGCUCGAUAUCAGAGAAUUGGCAGUGCAGUUUGGGUGCGUUAGGCUUGUUACUUCAGUCCAGAAGGGCUUAUCUCUAUACAAGGAUCGGUUUGUUGCGUCAUUGCCAGCUUCUCGACGAGCUAAUGCUGACUUCUCCCGAUCAGUAUUUACGGCUGCAGCCUUUUACUUGUGUGCAAAAAAGCACAAGCUCAAGGUUGACAAAGUUAAGCUCAUUGAACUCAGUGGCACAUCUGAAUCCGAAUUUUCAUGUGUUGCUACUUCUAUGAAGGACUUAUGCUUUGAUGUGUUUGGGAUUUCAAGUGAAAAGAAAGAUCCCAGGGAUGCCAAAGGGAACAGAGACCUGUUGGAUGCAUUGCCAGAGAAAAGGAAACUCGAGGAUGGUGGCUAUUUAUCUGAUGAUGGUGAAGAGUUUCCAACCUCGAAACGACGAAAACCAAUGGCUGAAGAUGCAUAUAAUAAGUGGAAAUCCUCUGUCAUUGCUUCCAAUAAUCUGAACAAGAGAAAAGUUCUUGGCAAGCGAACCAGACAAAGUUCCCUUGACUUUUUUAAGGAAAUUAAAGAAACGGAUGUUAAAUAGGAGAUGAUCAAAUCUUUGUGUGCCACAUUAGAGAGGAUUUUCACUAAGGGAGAGAAGUGGAUGGUUGAACCCCUUUUUCUAUCAGAUCGAUUUCCCUAAGUUGAGCAUUUGAGCUUCUGGAUAAGGAGGAUAACAUUUAUAAAGUGUAUUUUUUUUUUUAUUAAUAAUUAACUUGUUUAUACUUCCUGAACCAAGUUAUAGAAAUUGUAAUUAGUGUUACUAUUCAUUUUACAAACAGAAGUUGAAGAUAUUGUUCAAUUUUUAAUAUCAAUGUU